AUGGUGAGCCGCCGAGGAAUAGAAGUAGAUCCAACACAACUCACAGCAGUACAAAAUCUUCGAGCUCCAACUACAAUCAAGGAAGUACAGCGCCUUACAGGAAUGGUGGCCGCCUUGAAUUGUUUCAUUCGAUGCUCUGGAGAUCUAUGCCGACUGUUCUUUCAAGCAAUCAAGACUAGUCGACACAGGUUCGUGUGGACCGAGGAAUGUGAGCUGGCUUUCCAGUCAUUAAAGGAAUACCUUUCCCGUGCUCCGCUCCUCGUUACACCCCUGCCCGAGGAAGACUUGUACCUCUACCUUACUGUUUCAGAUCAUGCCACGAGCGCAACCCUCAUUCGAAAAGAAGGAAUGGAACAUCUGCAUAUCUUUAACUCGAGCAAAAUGAUGACGGACUCUCAGUCAAGGUAUUUGCCUAUGGAAAAAUUAGCAUUGGCUCUUGUUUCAACUAAAACAAGCCUUUUGCCUUACUUUCAAUGCCAUAGGAUUGUGGUCCUCACUGAGUUUCCUCUCGAAGCUGUACUUCGCAAGACGGAUUCAUCGAGUAGGAUUUUGAAGUUUUCUCAGGAUCUGGCCAAUUUUGACAUCCAGUUCGAGCCCCGAACUACAAUGAAGGGACAGGCUUUGGCCGACUUCUUUGUUGAACUUACUCCUAGGUUGCAAGAUGAAGCCAAUGCUCUGGCCACGGCCGCAGAAGAAGCUCGGAUUGCCGACGAAGAGGCUUUUGUGGACUGGAAUAAUCCUCCCCCUGAAUCCUUGCGUGCUCGGUAUACAUCAAGUACGAAAAAGCCUAAGAGAGAAUGGAAGCUCUUUUCAGGAGAUGCUUGGCGAAUGACGGUCGAUGGGGCUUCCAAUGUUAAUGGACCGAGGGCUGGGAUUAUUCUCAUCUCACCAAGUGGCAUUGUUCAUGAGAGUGUGGUUUCCAUCGGAUAUGCGACAACGAAUAAUGAAGCAGAGUAUGAAGCUCUUAUCGCUGGUUUACAACUUGCUCUUCGGCUCGAUGCGGAUUCGGGUCAUGUCUUUUGUGACUCUUGGCUGAUUGUGGGUCAUUUGACUGACGAUUACCAAGCCAAAGAAGGGCGUAUGAAUGCUUAUACAGGUCUUGCUUCGGUUUACAAGACCUCGGGCAGUUGCACCAUUGUAUUUGAUGAAGUUGAAUUCCCGAGCUUCGAGCCAUUAGCUUGUUCGGUCAUGGCAAUUACACUCGGUCCAAGCCAAAUGGAUCCAAUCGUUGCAUACUUGAAGAACCAAGUUCUCCCACUGAACAAACGGGAAGCGCAUAAGAUCCGUUGCCAAGCUGCUAACUAUUUCCUUGAUCCGAACGACAACCUUUACCGAAGAAACUUCACUGGCCUUGACUUACGAGUUGUUCAUGAAGAUCAGGUGGAGAGUGUUUUGAACGAGUUUCACUCAGGAAGUUGUGGGGCACACUUGGGAGAACGGACUAUGGCCCAACGAGCGCUAACCCAGGGUUACUGGUGGUUAAAGAUGGCCAAACAGUCAGAGGAUUAUGUGAAACGCUGUGUUCGGUGUCAGCAGCAAGCGUCACUCAUCCAUCAGCCUACCUUUCCUCUUAAAAUGAUCACCAGUCCAUGCUCAUUCGUGGUCUGGACUUUUGACAUUGUUGGCAAAAUGCCAAAGGCAUCUGGAGGAUUUGAGUACAUGCUUACAGCCACUGAUUUGUUCACUAAGUGA